GUCAAACGGACUGUCAAAAGUGUCAGAAGUCAGCUGCAAUCGGAGGAGAGCCGUCUCGGCCGAUUUAUUACUUUCUCAAAAUAAUCAUUCCAGUGUAAAUAUUUAGAAAAGUUAUAUUUCCAUACAAAUAUUUAGUUCCGCGCCUCGACUAUUUGUGAUGUGAUAGUUCUUAUGAGAAAUAUCCGUGUGAUUCACUUCACGUAUUUAAAGAACGGAUGGAAUGUCACUGCUGUGUACAAAGUGGCCGGAAUGAUGCUGGUGCGGAUGAACAUGCGCGUGGCGCUCGGCGCGCUGUGCGCCGCCGUGCUCGUCUUCACGCUCUUCUGGGGACACUGCGGGGACCUCUCGCGGAGACCCAUAGGUUCAGUGCUGUCAAACGCGCUGUCGGAGCGCUCCGGGCCCGACGAGAUCGAGUGCGUCAUCAACGGCGAGUACUCGGUGAUGUGCCGCCGCGACCGCGAGCGCGACGAGGUCUACGUGCCUUUCUCCCUGGUGCACAAGUACUUCGAGAUUUACGGAAAAAUAUCAACAGCAGACAACACAGAAAAGUUCGAAUGGUCACAUAGUUACGGUAAAAUAUACCAUCCGAAAAAGAAGUAUGACCCUCGAGGUACUUUCACCACUUUCGAGAAUUAUAACGUGGAAGUGAGGGACAGGGUCAAAUGCAUCAGCGGGAUCGAAGGCGUCCCGGUCAGUACCCAGUGGGAGCCACGAGGAUUCUUCUACCCAACCCAGAUAGCCCAGUUUGGGUUAGCCCACUACAGCAAGCAUUUAACCGAAAGCGAACCUAAAAGAAGAAUUAUAGACGAUGGGGAGAAACAUUUAGAAAACUGGAUUAUUAGCAAAGAUGCGUACAUGGCUCGGGAAUUUGAUACUUCUGUCCAAUCGAAUGUCUUAAGGUUUUCGACGUCAGAGCACGCUUCCAGCCAGGUGUGGCUGAAAGUGAACUUGACCCAAGACUUCGUGUUCAGCGUGGAUGUUCAGAUGAAGCCCAACUCUUCGAUCACGGUGGUUCUGCAGAAUAAGGAUAAGAAGGAGACGGUUUAUCUGCAUUAUGUUACCAGUAUGCAGUUGAUUUCCGCUCAGGAGGACCACAUAUACUACGGCAUCGGGCUGGAGCAGCAAUGGCGGCGCAUCACGCGGGACCUCAUCAUCGACAUGCAGAAGGGCUGGGCGCUGCAGGACCGACCCAAGAGGAGGUCGCCUAGGAAUAAAUUUAAGAUAUCCAGCAUCAUCCUGAGCGGCGCGGGCUCGCUGGACAACGCGACGGUGUCCAGCAGCGAGCACAUGUGGCAGUUCUACGCGGCGGCGCGCUGGCUCGUGCGAGCGCAGCGUGCCCGCUCCGGCGGCUGGCCCAUCCCCGUGCGCAGGCGCAUGGCGGCAGGCGUCGCCGAGCUCAAGCCGGGCUGGCACUCGGCCAUGAGCCAGGGUCACGCGAUUUCGUUGCUGUCCCGCGCGUACUACCGCAGCGGCGACAUGACGUACCUGCAGGCCGCCAAGCGGGCGCUGUACCUGCUGGACGUGCCCAGCCACGCCGGCGGAGUCAAGGCCAUGUGGAUGGACAAACAUGUGUGGUACGAAGAAUACCCAACAAAGCCCCCGUUAUUCGUUCUAAACGGCUUCAUUUACACGCUGCUAGGUCUAUACGACCUACACAUCAUUGAAGGAGAAAACUCCAUCUCUCUAGCGAAGAAAAUGUUCGACGACGGUAUGACGUCACUCAAGACCCUUCUCCCACUCUUCGACACAGGUAGCGGCAGUUUCUAUGACCUUAGGCAUUUCACUCUAGGAGUCAGCCCUAACAUAGCCAGGUGGGACUACCACGCGACUCACGUGAACCAACUGUACCUACUAGCAGGAUUGGACAAUGACCCUAUAUUGAUAAACACAGCUAAACGGUGGGAGGGUUAUAUGUCUGGAAAGAGGGCAGCCCAUAAUUGAGGCCAGUUUGACAGGCGGGAACUGCCUUAUAUUUCCUUCUCUAUUGAGGAUUGUGAAGCCGCGUUUUCGCAGAACUCGAUGAACUUGUUGCUCUUUGUGUAAAACCAAUAUUAUUGCUAGAACAGCCAGACUAAAUGGCUCGAAACCAUGAAAACGCGGCAUAACGAUGUAACGGUACAAACGUUAUACAAUAACGUUUUUGGUGUGCUAAUUCGAAUUUGGAAUUGGUUACAUUUUGUUUUGAAUUCGAUUCGAGAACGGUUUUGUAAUAAACAAUUCCAUUUUAAAACUUUAAACGUUCAACGACGUGAACGUAUAGUUUGUGGAUAAUUAAUCGAAUCGUGUGAUCGCCGAAAUUGUAUUCGGUGUUACGAAUUUAGCCGAAGCUUUGCCGAUGUUACUUUUCAAAUGUAGAACAGUAACUGACUGAUUGGGGUCUCGAAAUUGAGCACAGUGCUCAUUGACUGUCUGACUAUAAAGUAUACAAAAAUGUUGGUUAGUGUAGACCGGUUGGAACGGGUGUAAAUAGCGUCUGAUAUAAAAAUAUUUUUCUACGACAAAAGACAUCAAGUCCUAAGUACCUCCAAAUUAAAUAUCUAUUAAAAUACCGUGUACAGGUAAUAUUAAUGUUUAAGGAUCAAUUAGAACUAAUCAAUAACCUCGUUUAGAAAAGUUUUCCAUUUAUAAUAUGAGUUUAUUUAUGAACCUUUCUUAGUAGUAGUAGUAAUACAUAUCAAUGAUACAAUGCUUUUGUUUUUACCAAAAAGUAUGGUAGCUAUUUGAUAAUCUUCACUGUCCCAAUUCAGUGGUGCCAACUGAAUAGUGGCACACAAAAUAGUGUUGCUACAUUUAUCGAUAAAACUGAACAAUAUGUAAACUUACACAGCUAUUCUGAGUACAAACUUGCAAUAAUCUUCACGUCACUUUCAUAUUAUGAUGAAAACUUGGUAGAUAAAAUUACUUCCAUCUCUUUCAUUCUUGAUAAUUAUAAAAAUACAGCCUACAUGAAAGAAGAAUUAUUAUAACACAAAAAUGUUAUAUUGCCUGAUUAUUACCUGUAACUUGAAAAAAAGAUAUCGCUAAUAUUGAAUAAGAAAAGUUAUUCAGAGCUCUAUUAUAGUAUCUCUUGAUCAAAAGCCAUUCUAUCGCAGCAAAUUCACAUGUGGUAUCUAUCUUAUCACUAAGAUCAAGUUAAACAAGUCACAUAAGUUAUUUUAAGUAUUAUUAUUUUAUAAGUUCUUUAAAGUUAGUCUCGAAGAACAUUGACUGUUUAACCCAAAGACAAUUUAAGGUUCGUAAUUUGAAUUGUUUUCGAAAAUAUUUGAUCAAAAUUCAAAGAUUUACCGUUGAAGACUGAUGACAAAAACAAUUUGUAAUAUUUACAAAUAAAAACCAAAAGUACUGAUGCAAGAAAAAAAAUCUCUAUAAGUUUAUCGUAUAUAGUUCAGUCUUGCAUUUUUAUAAGCUUGAGUCAUUUCAGUAUGAAUGUCUGCUGAAAAAUCAUUACAUCAACUCUACCAAUACUUUUUCAUUGUUUUUAUAUACAUAGAAAAUUAUCUUACUAUGGGGCUAUGCCCUCACAAACCCAUGUUCUCUCUAGUAAGCCUUUGUGUGAUCCUGGCAUCUCAGUUUGAUGUAUUCUUAAAAUAACAAUAGUAAAACAUUUAUUUUAAAGGCAACUCUUAUACUUCACAGUAGGGUAUAGUACCAAAUAUCUUUUAGAAUUAGAAAUAAUGGAAGUCAUAUCAAGUUGUAUAUAAAACGACACAAUUAAUAAGUUUUAAUGUAUUUAAUGUUAACACCAAUAUGUUGAAUGUGAAAACACAAAUUCUGCUAUGUUGUAGAAAAUUGCACCUAAAUCAUGAUGGUCCUAAGUCAUAGGGUGCGGUUCCACUAAAGACAUGUGUGAAUUCUACCAAAGGUCUGUUCGAUUUUCAAAGCUGUCUAUAGUAGUAGAAUAAUUACUGGUAGAAAUUAGACAUGCAUAAACAUGACUAUAUGGACUGUAACAAAAGGCUGCCUUGUACCACUGCUCAUUAAAUACAUAAAUAAGAAUGUAUUUCGAAAAUAUCAUCAGAGAGAGGUAGAGUGAAAAUACAUUCGAUGUUUCUUUUAUUUAUUAAGUGAGCAGUUGUGCGUUGAGGAGUAAAUAUCUGUCAUGGGUUAUGUAUAGGUACUUAAUUCUUUUAAUGAAUAAAACUGCGUUGUGCUUGCCUAACUUUAACUGUCGGAAUAUUAAUUUACUAAAACAUGCGAUAGUUAUAUUUAAAUUAUAUUCAAUAUAAUUAUUUACAAGUUUACGAUUACUUAAUUGAUUCUCGUUUAUUAUAAAAUACACAAAAUUACAAAAAUCCUAAAUGUUUGACGCCAAACAGGCGAAGGAGUCAAUUUUUUUUAUAUUUAAUAAUUAUCGCUAUUAUUUUUCAAUACUAUAUUAUAGUAUUCAUUCAAUGUCUUGCCAUAUCAUUGUUUUCAUAUUUCAGAUUAUUUAACAUAAUAUAUUCAUAUUAAUUUAAUAAUAUUAGUGCAUAAAAAGGUUUUAUAAAUUAAUUUAUCGCAAAUACCUCUCAAGAAUAGAAUAUAUUUCUGAGAUAAACUGGUGCGUAUCACAAAGUAUAAAAAUUAUCAUCCUUUUCAGUAUUACGAGAUUAUUUCAUGCUUUGGCGAUAUGUUCCAGGGAGAGUAGCUUCAAACAAAUAUGUCUUAUUAUAAACGACAAAUAACUGUAGCUGUAUUAAUAUAUAACAAUAUAUAUUGUAUAUAACUUAACGUCAGAGCUAAUUGCGUAUUUAGAUUUGUUACAAAGAAGUAGAAUUUCAGCUUCGGUAAUUCGAUUUCUUAACGAAGUAUGUAUACGUAAUGUCUUGCCGUGUUAUCAGUAUAAAAUAGUGUACCUAGAUACUUUUAGGUUGACCUGUAUCAUAUAGAAACCCCAAAUACCCAUUACCAAUUUUUAUGGUAUAAUUUUCUAUGACAUACAAAGAUGUUUGACGUUUCGCCAACGAAACCUAUAGCAGUUCGAGGCCUUUAAGUGUUUAUGGCUCUUUGUAGAUAUCUGGACCCUUGGCAUGAAUGUGAUAAUGCUAUAAACAACUUAGAGCUGUCAAUUUUUGCACUAAAAUGCGUGUUAUCUGUCAUUAUGUUGAGCGGAAUAACAAGUUUAUUUAAUUAAAUGUUAUCAGUCAAUCAAGUCGCUUGAAUUUUAAAGGCAUGUUUUUUUACUAGCGUUCAAUAUUCAAGUUUAUUGGAAUAGCCAACAUUCUUAGAUACAUAUCAAACAAAUAUUGUAUAUACCUAAUGUCAAAAUGAGUCAAGCGACUUUCCUUCUUAGAGACAAUACUAUGUUAGUUGUAUCUAUCUAUGUAGUUACCUGUUAUUGUAUAGAAGUUUCUCAUAAAAUAUACAUUGUAUCUUAGAUUGUCGACCGGCUGUGAAACGAAGCACAAAUUUUUAUACCCAAUACAAAUUUUGGAAGUCAAUUGGAUAAAUGGUAACAAAAUUUUUAUGCAAAGCCAGUUUAAUGUAAUUCUCGAUUACUUCGUCAUUUUUAUCGGUAAUUUAGAGUUUUGUAAGUUAUUCAAAGGCCUCCAUAGCUGUCUCGAAAUAUGCUACCCUUAAAUAAUACUUAAAACUGAAAUGUAUGUAAUGAUUAUUAUCUUCGUAGACAUGGACUCUAGUAACAAAUGUUUCUAAGCUAGUAUUGCUGACAAAAUGUUGCUCCCUUUGAUUUGGUGUGAAAUUGUUGUCACCGAAAUGUUUUUUUCGGACAGUAAUGGUGUUUGAUUGAAUAUUGUGAGUUGUAUUUUUUUUAAUCUUGUAUGUAUUCAAUUUAAGGCAUUUUCACGCAGUCUUUGGCAUUUGCAUAAAGGUCAUUUCGGUGCAAAUGACUUUCCCUAUAAAUAUUGACAUUCGAGUAUCGAGUAAAUACCGACGUAUUUAUUACAUCUUAGACUGUGUGAUAGAGCCUUACAUCAAAUCUUGUAUUUUUUUAUUGGUGUGUGAUGUGAAAAAAGUUGCGUGGUGCUAAAACUUUACACGCUUUGUAUUCGUAAAGAUCAAAAUUAAACAUUCCAUUGUAAAAGAGCUUAAAAUCUAGUAGUAGUAUUGUAGAUAUUGUUUUGAUGACUGUGUUUUUGUUAAUUUUAACGAUUUAACUUAAAAUAAUUUAAGUAACAAAAUAAUGUUUUUAUUUUAGAUUUCUAAGUUAUUUAUUUAGUGUUGAGUAAUUAUAUAAUUAAUAUUUCCAUCAAAUUAACCUUGUUUGCCCUUUCGUUCCUAUAACAUCAUUAUGUGGUAUGAAUAAAUGUAUAAAAGAAAGUUAUUCUGCAUUUGUAUCGAUAUUAGAUUGUAGUGAGAUAGUGAAUGCACUUGUGAAUGACAAUAAAGCGUCUCAAAUUGUA